CCAAGGGAUGCUCGUUGCCAUGGAGACGACAGAGCCGGAUGCUGCAUCAACCGCACGGUUAAGCGGAGGCUUUUCAUCACAGUCUCACAACACCGAUUUGGUUACACAUACUCACGCUGUGUGCUUUACGCAUUUAUAUCAGUAAAUAUAUUCAUAGAAAUAAGGAUUUGCUCGCCGCUCUCCCUGCCCCCUGCCCCCUCCCCCUCUUUGCUCCCUCCCCUCGGUGAAGCUAUUGCGUCAAACCGUGCAUGCGUGUUGGAAACUGUCAUGGCGCCAAGGUUCCUGCAGGUGAAGUCCAACAUGAAGAGCCUGGAGCAGGAGCUGCACUGCCCCGUGUGCAAGGACAUCGUCAAGCAGCCCGUGGUGCUGCCAUGCCUUCACAGUGUGUGCCUCAUGUGCGCCUGUGAGGUCCUGGUGGCCAGCGGGUACCCGCCGCCGGACCUCCCCGCGGAGCCCAACUCCCCGGCCUCCACCCCUAACAUGCGCUCCCCGAGACAGCUGCGUAGGCCGACGCCCAAAGCUGAACAGCGGCCCAUUGACCGGGUGCUCCGGGCAGGUCCCCACCCACCUUCGCCAUCCAUGCCCCGCUCGCCAGGGUACCCGGGGCGACGACGCAAGGAGGGCCCGUCCCCGUCCAUGAUGUUCCCCUGCGUCCCUUGCGGCCGUGAUGUGGAGCUUGGCGAAAAAGGCCUCAUCGACUGUUUGCGGAACCUUACCUUGGAGCGCAUCGUGGAGAGGUACCGGCACACGGUCAGUCUGGGCAGCGUGGCCAUCAUGUGCCAGUUCUGCAAGCCCCCGCAGGCCCUGGAGGCCACCAAGGGCUGCGGUGACUGCAGGUCCAACUUCUGCAAUGAGUGCUUUAAGCUCUACCACCCGUGGGGAACGCCGCGGGCGCAGCAUGAGCACAUCCUGCCCACACUCAACUUUAGACCUAAGGUUUUGACUUGCGCCGAGCACGACCAAGAGAAACUGCAGUUUUACUGCAGGUCCUGUCAGCGGCUGCUUUGUUCUCUCUGCAAAUUGCGUCGCUUGCACACGGGACACAAGAUACUGCCCGUGGCCCAAGCUUACCAAGCCCUCAAAGAGAAGAUUACAAAGGAGAUGAACUACAUUCUGUCCAACCAGGACACGGUGCUGGCUCAGAUUACACAGCUGGAGAGCGCCAUCACUCAGACUGAGGUGAACAGCGUGUCAGCUCGUGAGCAGCUGGCCCAGAGCAUCAGGGACCUGACGGCGGCUUUGGCCGAGCGCCACGCCUCGCUCACCCAGGCGCUGGAGGCGGCCCGGCACAAGCGCGGCGAGGCGCUGGCCGCUCAAGUGGCGGAGCGGCGGAGCUUGAUGGAGCACGCGGGCCUUGUCGCGUUCACUCAAGAGUUGCUGAAGGAGACAGACCAGCCCUGUUUUGUGCAGGCUGCUCGCCAGACGCAUAACAGGUUCAGCAAGGCGAUUGAGAACCUUCAGCAUUUUGCUCUGGCUGCUGAUCCGUCCUUCAGACAUUUCCAACUGGAUGUCUCCAAAGAACUCAAACUGCUUACGGAGCUAAACUUCAUCCGAGCUCCUUUGGCCCCAGUCCUCGACACCCAGCACUCCCUGGCUUACGAUCAGCUCUACCUGAGCUGGCGCUUGUCCCCGGACUCGGCGCCCGCCUGGCACUACUCAGUUGAGUACCGCCGCAGGGGGGUGGUGCCGGGCGGUGCAUCCCGGGGGGGCAAUAGGGCCGGUCUGGCGGCCGCCCGCUGGGGUUGGCAGCGACUGGACGAGGUGAGCGGAACGAGCACCGUCAUCGACAGACUGGAAAUGGACAGUGUGUACGUACUGCGGGUGAGGGGCUGCAACAAGGCAGGCUACGGCGAGUACAGCGAGGAGGUGUACCUCCACACCCCUCCGGCGCCAGUGCUGAACUUCUACCUGGACUCUCGCUGGGGUCUUCACGCUGACCGACUGGUGGUGAGCAAGGAGCAAAGAGCGGCCCGCAGCGUCCCCGGCCUCUCCUUGCUGCAGGCCGCCGACCACGCGCUAACUUCCUGUCACCUGACGUCAGACCUCUUGGUGGGAGAUGUGGCUAUCACGCAAGGGAGACACUACUGGGCGUGCUCGGUGGAGCCUGGCUCUUACCUCGUCAAGGUCGGCGUUGGUCUCGAGUCCAAGUUGCAGGAGUGGUUUCAUCUACCAGAAGACAUGGCUAGUCCCCGGUACGAUCCGGACAGCGGUCAUGACAGCGGGGCAGAGGAUGGCAUGGACUCGGCGCCCCCCUUCUGCUUCCUCACCAUGGGCAUGGGAAAGCUCUACCUGCCCCAGCCAACCUACCACCACCACCACCACCACCACCACAACGGUCAACGCUCAGAUCCCAAUGGCAAUGGCCCAUCACCCCCAGCGGGCCUGACCUAUCCGCUGCCGCCCCGCCUGGGCGUGUCUCUCGACUUCGAGAAGGGCCGCGUGGCCUUCUACGACGCCCACUCCCUGCGCCCCUUGUGGGAGGGUCAUGUGGAUUGCUCGGGGCCGGUGUGCCCAGCCUUCUGCUUCAUCGGAGGGGGGGCCCUGCAGCUCCAGGAGCUGGUGGCCAACCGCGGGGCUGACCAGACCCCCGUGCGGAGGGUGACCAUCCAGCCACGAGGCGGCUCCAAUUUAAAUAACUGAUUACAAAUUAGAAUGUUAAGUCGUUUGCCUUUAAAGCAUUUUUACGGCAACAAAUAUGCAAUGUACUUAAGUUUCUUUUGUUUUUAUUUGCAAGAAUCACUGCUAUUAUCAUUUUUGCUAUAGCUGACACCAAUGGAUUACAACACCACCAGAGUUAGCCCUAAAUUAAUAGCAUCAUAAUUUGCUCAUUUUCCUCCAUUGAUAAAUUUGCUUUUUCUGAAAUUCAGCCACCAAAGCCAGCUUCAUUUAGCAAGGUUUGAAAUUGCCACUUUAGGUUCAUUAUGAGCAUUUCAAACAGGUGUAAUAGAUGCGUUAAGCACUGUAUAUUUGAUGCUUGCAUUUUCAUUUAUGAAACUAAUGUUACAGCCCCCACACCAACCAUUUCAUGCCCUUACGUGUCAAAUUGGCGUGCUUUACUUCAGUAAACAUGGACUUGUGGCAUCUAUAACAGUACUCUGAUGCCAUGUUAUUUUUUUAAUGUGGUCAAUUAGCAUUAGGGAGCAACGACAUGGUGAUAGACCAUCGUUAGAAGCUGCAGUUACACCUCUGGCACACAACUAAUCACUAGUUUCCACGCUUGUAUUUGUGCAUUCUAGAAAUGAAACCAUGAUGAGCCACGUCUGUAUGUGUGUAUUUACACCCGUCUGCACAUAGAUGUGUGUGUAUGCGUCCGCCUGAAAAAAUAUGUCCCUGCAGUCAGCCAUCAGUGACAAUUUUUUUUUUUUUUUAAAUCUCUCUUGAUUGUAAGCCUAGCGGGCGUGUUUAAACAAAAGUAAACACAGAAUGAAAAGGGCUUCUCCUGCCUCCCUGCUUUUUGGGUCCACUACUACAGUACAUCACGCAAACAUGACAAUUCUAAACUGUGCUAACACUGCAGGUAUGCUUACCUUUUGCCGUUGACGUGUCAAAGUUGUUCUUUUACUCUAACUUUUAGUCAGGCUAACUGCCAAGUCAUUAGAAAGCAAACUAAAGCGUGGUUAUGUUAAUUUUCCCUCACUGUGACAUCACACAAGGGGCACAAGUGCAGAAUGGCUCGCUGUCUGACACGUUUUCAAAAAGAGGCACAUUAUUAUUUAUUAGAUUGACUUGUUUAAAUUCAUACUUGGGUAGACAGUCCACGAACCCAACUAUUCACGAAACAUGAAAAAAGUCGAUUUUCCACAGUAUGCCUCCUUUAAGGGUGUGUUUUGACACUUGGCCGCUAGAGGGCAUUAAAGCAACAGAAUGCGCUUUACCGUGGUCUUCACGCUCACUGCAACUAUCCUAAAUCCUGACAGAUGGAAUCAAUUUGUUGGACAAAAAAAAAAA